AUGCAGUACUCAUUUACCAGUCCUGCAAAGUUAGUAAAAUUGAAAGUGAAUCCAAUAUUUCAGCUGACUGACGCCAAGGGCACGCCUGUAGGAGUCGCGUCUGUGCAGUACAUACCUGGAUCUGGACAUCCCGUCGUGUUGUCGUACCAUCCACGUGCUGGUCCGCAACAAGGCAGUAGUCAACCGAUUGCUUCACUCCAACCUUGUUCAACGUCGCCAACCACUCAUGAAAGGGUAGCACACAUCAUCCCUAUUCAACCAGGAACAGUGCCAACCCAAGCGCAGACAGUGAUCGCCAACGUGCCAGCUCUAACCCAACCUCGUGUCGUUCAAGCCACCCAAGUCGUCCAGAAACAAAACGACAACACUUUCCGAUUUGCUCAGAUGGGUUCUGGCGGACAGUUUACCGUUGCACCAGCAAAUGAGAGAACUCCAACUAAGGGCGUGCCAAUGGUCAUGAAAACCACAGGUAAGACGAAUAAUCCAACCCAGACCACCGUGGUGCAAAACGGGUUCGCUAGUGAAAGCAUGAACCCUUGCCUCCAAGAUAGCCCUCGUACAGCUGAUCUAGCAGGUGAUUCACCACAUAUGCCAAAUAGCGGGCAGUCUGAGACUGUUGCUGAGACAGGAGACGGUACUAUGGAGAACCCGAUCACGUUUGAUGACCCGUCAUCUAUCUUGACACCAGCUGCGCUAUCUAUGCAUGAAGAAAUGCUACGCGCUCAACAAAAGAAAAUCGAGAUGUUGCUGGAGGAGUUGGCAAAGAGUCAAGCGCAUUUGAAACAAGAGCAGCAGCUCAUUCUCACAGCUAAAAAAGCGCAGCAGCGGCUUCGUGAACAACAACGAGAGAACGCAACGAAUCGAGAAAGAGAGCAGUGGCUAAGAGAAUUGGAUGUUGGUCACAUUAAUAAACAACAUAUUCAGCACUUUCUACAACACAAAAAACAACAAGCAACACUUCAGAGGCAUUCAAUGGAGCAUAACCGGUUAACUACUACCGAAGCUCGUCUCCAGGAGGAACUUCAUGUGGAGCAGGCUGUGCAAGAUAUCGUACGCCUCAUUAAACAGGCCGAGCAACAGCAAGCCAGUUCGCCGGACACCGAUAAGGUAAGUAGUGUUCUUUGA